GGGCGUAACUGGAACAUUAAGUUCAUUAUUUGUUAUUCCUUCAACGCGGAUGUUACGCUGACUAACACAUGUAAGGAUUGUUUUGUAGUCGUGUCCCUUUAGCGAUGGAUGAAAAAACGAAUAAAUCGAGUUCAAAGGAUUUGCUGUCAUGGGGCAACGGUGGAGGUCUUGCUGAGAAGCUACUCCUGAAACCAGUGACUGCCUUGAAAACUGAGAGACUUCCACCAAGCAGCGUGAUGGAGCGGUUGCAGAGUUUUCUCCCUCAGAUUGCAGAAGCAAAUCAAAAGCUCAAGCAGCAGAUGGAGGGAUCUCCUGCAGCACACUUCGACAUAGAGAAUGUAGAGGAGGCAGAAAAAGUGAUAGAGAUGGAUGUUGCAUUGGUGGAGCUCAGCGACUCUGAGGGUGAGGAGGAUGCAUCAGAAUCCGAUGAGGACUCUGAUGAGGAGAGUGGUUUAACUGAACAGAACCUCAAACUACCACGACACAACAGAGGCAAUAAGGACAAAAUCAACAUCCAGGUUGUGGAGCAGAACGUGGACUAGAUGUAGGACUUUAUAUCAACAAUGGGACUUCUUUACGUUGAUGAAAAAGGCAUUUGUAGGACACAAUACUUUUGUACAGAACGAUGGAAGAGCUUCCUCAGCCCCAUGGGAACAGUUUGUGCCUUCAGAGCAGGCAGCGCCAUUCAUACAACAUAAGUCAAGGCGUGAUAUUUGCCAUGGCUCAAAGGUUGGGAAACAAUGCUUUAUUGUAUAAUUUCUACAUGUAAUUGCUUUUUGUGCGUGUUUGGCUUUGUUUGUCGGAAUAAAAGAAUCCACACCAGCUUGGAUUCAUGUGGAAAUGACCCUUGACCUCAGAUCAAGUCGAUAGGUAUUUUGUUGAUAUUAAACUAGAUUGCAUAUUGAUCUCGAUUGAAAUCAAACCCAUACGCUUCACUGUCCGGGCCAGGAGGCUCUGAGGUUGAGGAGAAUGAAGACAUCACAGGGAGCCAAGUAAUAAACGCCCAACUCGUUCAACACAGACUGCGGUGAAGGGUCAUCCCUCCCCGUCCAAUCUCUGGUCGUCUCCUCAGACUCCUUAAUGAGAGUCCUCAACAGGAUGGCAGAACCCACGUUGAGACAUAAGAUGAUGCAAGCCUCCUUGACACUAGCAAAGUACAUAGUAGAUUAUUUUUCUUUCUAAACAUCAAAUCAUGGAGACAUAAAAUGCUUUUAAAAUAUAGCUACAACAACAACAAAUAUUCAUUUAGCUGUGUUUAUGAUUGUAACUUACACAUAUUUUUUGUAUUUUGUAUUUGUAAUAUAUUAGUUGCAAUAAUAUUGCCAUAUUGAUUCUGUUUCUUCUGUUUUGUGGGAUGUACACGUAACUAAAUAAUUUGGUGGUCAAAGCUGUUUUCCUUUCCACUU